GUUCGUGGUGGUUCCGUGGCCAUGUCAGCACCUCGUCUAACUCGUCAUUUAUGCAACAGCCUUGUUUACUUCAUGAACCCACCCUUCUGAUCUGAAGAGAAUCACCUCUCACUAACCUCUUCAUUUUGGCUCACAGACACACAGUGGAACACUUGUCACCCCAGUAGCUUCCAGUCCUGUGUCUCUGACCAUUGGUAACCAUGAUGCAGGUUUGGAUACUCUCACUACUGCUGCCUCUCACACUGUCAUUCUCUGGUCUACAUGUUGAUCCUAGCAAAAUUCAUGCUUUCCCAGAGAGACACAUAGCUGGGGUGUUUCUGGUCAGCUACACAAAUGACCUCAACCAGUUUGCCUAUUCCUUUAAUGCCUCUGAGGCAAGGGAGGUGUGCUGGUCUCUGGGUGUAACCAUGGCCUCCAAUUCCCAGGUUGAGGAGGCUCAGAGACUGGGCUUGGAAACAUGCAGGUUUGGGUGGAUUGAUGAACAUUUUGCAGUGAUCCCUCGUAUUGAGGCCAGUAAAACCUGUGGUCAAAACCAGACCGGUGUCAUCAAAUGGAGAGCCUCUGUCACCAAACUUUUUGAUGUGUUCUGCUUCAAUGCUUCAGGAGCGGCCUCACCCCCCUCUACCUCCCUCUCUCCAGCCAUCAUUCAUCUUGUCCCUUCCACACAGUCCGCACGGCCCACCUCUCAUUCUCGCUCCUCCCUUCUCUCUCUCAGUAGUUUUUCUGAUAACCCAGAGGAGGUAGAGGUAGAACUACCCCAGUCCAUGAGCAGUGCAAAGUCUUCAAUUGGAGCGGUGCCAAAAGCAUUACUUAUCACCUCGGCCAUUGUUCUUCUUCUGACUGCAAUGGCCGUUCUCUUGUACUUCAGAACGAUCAAUGGCCUCAAGACUAUUCUCCUCUGCUGGGAUGGGGAGCAGCAGAACGAGUACAUUGAGACAGAGGAGUGUGCAGCACACACCUGUAUGAAGGACACAAAGGAAGCCCAGACUAAGGGAGUAGCUAAGGCUGAGGCUGAGGCUGAGGAGGAUGUGUGCAAAGAGACCGCCAGUGACAUCAGUGUGAACAUCAGUGAUGAGACCAACACUGAUUCAGCAUCAGAGACAAAACCUUGAUGCUUUAGAUUAUGUAAAACCAAAGAUAAGGUCAGGCUGCUUUUUUAAAGUUAUGUUCCUGCUUAUGGAAGUUUUGUUUAGUAGUUUGUACAAAGUGUGCAUUGAUGUUAUUCAAAUGCAUUUAUUUAUAGCAUGGGAUGCCUUUACAAUUUUGCUUUACAAAGUGACUUUGUGUCAUUCAUGUUCAAAAUAGAUUGUUCUAGAGAUCAUCCUAUAUUCUAACCACUAGAUGGCGAUGUCAUCAAGGCAAUUAUCGCUGCAGCUUGGAUGAGUUGAGUAGCUGAAUUGAAAAUGGGUUCAUAUUUUCUGCUAUACAGAUUAAUUUGAUGACUUCAGAUAAAGUUAGUCAGUAUGCCAUGGCCAUUGCAUGUUAAAUCAUGUGUUUUAACUAAUGCCAAUCUUGAACUGAUGCAAUAAAUUCAAACAUUUGUUUCCCUGC